AUGUUAAGACGAUUUCUUACAAAUCAAUUAAUUAUUUCUACACGUUUUGUAUCACAAUAUUAUUCAAAAAAGAAAAUUCUUGUACCGAGUCGACUCGGUGUUACACCAGGUAAUCAACAUUUGGAAGUGAAUUUAUUUGAUGAUGAAAAUAAACAAUUACUUGGUCGUAUGUCAUUAAUUGAAGCACAAAAAUUGGCUAAAUAUCGUGAUUUAAUACUUGUACUUUUUGAUGAAUCACGUGAUCCACCUGAUGUACGAUUAAUGACAGGAAAAAAUUUAGCACAAAUACGUGAUGAAACACGUGUAAAUAAAAAACGAGAAUUAUCAAAUGAUAAAAUAACAGAUUUUAUUUUACGUCUUCGUCCAAAUAUUGCUGAAAAAGAUUUAUUAACAAAAUUAGCACAAGCUAAAAAUGCUUAUUCAAAAGGAUGUAGUAUUCGAUUUUCAUUAGAUUUUGGACGUGCUAUUGAUGAAAAAGAAACAGAAAAAUUGACUGAACGUGCUGAUGAACAAAAAGAAUUUCUUGCACGACUUAAACCAUAUCUUGAAGAAUUUCCUAAAGUACAUACAAAUUCAAAAAGUACACGUUCAAUUAUUCUAAUUAUUCCAUCGAAAUUUCUAAUAGAAAAAUCAACUAAAAAACAAGAAGAAAAAAAUGAAGAAUCCGAAUCAAUUGAUGAUAAAUCUUCAAUAAGUUCACAACAUAAUCAUAAAAAAUCUAUUUGA